CGCUGUUACGUCGUUUACGCGCGGACACGACAUUUUGUUGUUAGCUAGUUGGGAAAGCAGCUAGUACAUAUUUUCGUGCAGCUAAACCGUCAACAUGUCUUUAUAUUGAUUAAUGUAGCUAUAUUAUACAUCAUAUAAUUGAAAUAACAGCUAAACGACGUGCAACAGAUAACACUGAGCCUUCGAACGUGGAUUAUUAACUUUCCCAGUGUGGCAUGGUACAUCCAGCAGCCUAGCCAAAUAAAUGUCACCUUCUAUUUGUGCAACGAGACGAGAUUAUGGAAGGAUGACCUCGCGAGAUCCCUUCUAGCCUAAUUUUACAACGGCAGCAGCAUUUUCUCCCCCAGAAUGUUAGUGGACACAAUGGUUCGGUUUAUGCCUGAGCUGAUCUGAUCAUCAUUGUAACUGAUCAUCUGAAUGGAUGCCUCCCACAGAAAAAUGGAAUUACUUCCUGUGCUGGAUCCAGAGGAUAAACCACGAGCAGGACUGUGGUAUGCUAUGAUACCCAGAGGAGGUGGUCCAGGAGUUAGUGUGGGCCACACCUGUAUAUACAUCCCCUCUGAGGAUGAUGGCAAGGGGAAAGUCCUGAUCAUAGGAGGAGCCAACCCUAAUGGCAGCUUUUCAGAAUCCCAUGUCAUAAACCUGGACAGUCACGAGUGGGACAUUCCUGAAUGGGAGGGUCUGGAGGCACGGUAUGAACACUGCAGCUUUGUCCCUGAGAGCUGUCCACAGAGCCUGUGGGUGUUCGCUGGGGCACAGCAGAGUGGCAACCGCAACUGUGUCCAGAACCUACAACUCACAGACGGUGGAUUGUGGAAGGGUGUAGAGGUGAAAGGGACGCCCCCCUGUCCCAGGACGUAUCACACUAACUCAGCCAGCGUCGGGGACCGACUGUUUGUCUUCUCUGGAGGGGACUCAGGGGCCACACCUGUCUCGGACCCCAACCUUCACGUCUUCGAUACAGUUUCCUGCACCUGGUCUCAGCCAGACACACAGGGCAGACAUCCCCCUGUAAGACAAGGCCACGUGGUGACUGCGGUAGGACCCAAAAUCUAUAUCCAUGGAGGCAUGGCAGGAGAGAAGUUCUACAGCGACAUCUACUCUCUAGACACCAGCAGUAUGAAGUGGGAGAAGGUCCAAGCCAAAGGAGACAUACCCCCGGGGGUGGCUGCCCACUCGGCUGUGGCCCUCGGAAAGAACAUCUACAUCUUUGGAGGGAUGACCCCAGAAGGGGCCAGCAAUGCAAUGUACAGAUUUCAGUGUGACAAACAGCGCUGGACCCUGUUGAGGUUUGAAGGGAACAUGCCACCCAACAGACUGGACCACUCCAUGUGUGUCCUACCCUGGAGAGUAAGGCCUGAGCACACCAGUGGAGAGAGAGACCAGGCCCAGAGCUCCUCAGCGUCAGGGACCGUACAGCUGGCAUUUGUGUUUGGAGGGAUGGACACUCAGGGGGUCAUACACAGUGACUGUGUUGUAACUGUCUUAACGUGACCUUGAUAGCUACUGCUCUGGGAAAUACCGUGUUUAUGUGCCUGUAUGUUUAAUUGUUGCAGUUCAUUUUAGCACCACAUUUUUCAAAUAAAUCCAGUGUCAAACUGA